AUGGUUGAUAUCAACAGCGAAGACACGGCUGUUACUGAUCAUCUGGUGGACAAGAGGUAUAACAAUCCUCUGGACCUACGUUCGCUUCAGGAGACAAUUGAUAACUUUCCGGGAGUUUCUGCUUCAGAAAACGAAAACGAUGAAGUUCUGCCCCGAGACUCACUUCCGGCGUGGCUCCUGGAUCGUUGCAUAACCUGCUCUGACGAGUGGGAUGACCACCCGGACUUCGUGCUUCUUCGAGACAACAUGCCAUCGGGUACUAGCGACGAAGCCCAAGAAAACGAUGGAGCAUCCGAAUGUUCAAACCCAGCCGCCAUGUAUGAGAUGGAAACUAUUUUGUUCGAACAGUUUAAUGGACUUCUGAAGCCUGCCUCCGGUGAAGAAGGUGAUGCAGGACCCGACUCAACCCCCAACAGCGGAGUUCGAUUUGCCCAGAGUGUCGUCAGGUUGCAAACACACAUACCAGCAGCCGACGAAUGCACGGCUUCGUUUCUGAGAGCCGUGGUGAAGCAGUUCGCAAAGAACACCGGAAGUGACCUGAUAACCCUUACGCGGGAUGACCUCGAGGACCUGGCAAAUCACUUUCGACCUGAAGAACCAUCUGACGAUGUCAGUGACGGUUCCAGCGAGUGUAGUGACGAUUCGGAUGAUACCACUUAUGUCGUGCUGGCUCCGGGCCUCCGGACCCACUCUGCCGCGUCUCGGCCGCGAGGUCACGUGACCUCGCUCCAGCGACCGUAUUCUUAA